AUGCGUUUGAUUAAGAAAUAUCUCCCGGAUAGUCCAAAUUAUCACCAACCAAAUACAUCCAACCAAAAACCCUUUAUCUCGGCUAGCUAUUCAAAUCCUGCAAGCUCCCAGUCAAGCUUGUUUUUCGAUACCGAUAGUUGCAGAUCUGGAGAUAUUGCUACCAUCAAGGAUAUUUUAUCCCAUGAACCGCAAAAACCUAGAACUUCAAUAAGAAAUAAGAUAUCUGAUUUUGCCGAAAAACUUCCAGUCGUGACUCAAAAUAAAAGUAGAAGACCUGAAGAAAUACAGGCUGAACUUGAUGAGCAAAAAAAGUAUUCCAACCUUUUCGGAAUCACCCAAGCAAAAAAUAAUGGCACAGAGAGAUCAUAUCCAAACUCUUUCCAGCCAGAGAAUUUAGCGGGAAUCUUGAAUGCUGAUUUGUUUACAGAGCUCGUAAAGUAUAUGAAGAAUAAUGCCGCAGAUAACAAAACAGUGCACGCAUUAAUUGACCAAGAAACUACCGAAGAAAGUGUCAAAAAAGAUGCGGAAUAUGACUUCGAAUAUACGUUGAAGAAGAAUCUUGACAAAAUAAACACAAAAUAUGCCGUUCUUUGUAAAGCGAAUACAUCACUGAAGCGUGGGAUAAAGAAUGCCGAGAAAUCUAAAGAGACUAUAACCUGUCAAGCACAACUGCGUGAUAUGAAUUACCAAAAAGAAAUCCGUGAUCUUCAGGAUAGUCUUGCUGCGACGAAACUUGAACUUGCUGGCGAAAAGGAGAAUAGCGAGAUACUCAAUAAAAGUAUAGGCUUACUCAAAGGUGAAAACGAUAAACUUAAGGAUGAUAAUGAUACACUCAAGAAUGAGAAUGAUACACUCAGGGAGGAAAAUGAUAAACUCAAGGAAAAAAAUACCGAGAUCUUGAAUCAGGCACAAUCGAGAGAAAGACGAUGCGAAAGAAUAAUCAACAGUCUUCGAUUGCAGUCGACUACAUCACAAGCCGAGCUCAUCGAAAAGAAGAUGGAGUAUCAAAUCUUACUUUCUGAAUUCCAAAGCCAUGUGGAUACAGUCCCUACUGCCGAGGAUGAUUUAUUUACUAUCCACGCAAAGCUGAAUAUAGUCCAAACGAAAAUAUCGGAUCUGUGUAUGAGUCUCGAAGACUUUUUGAAUCCAAACGAAGGCGAGGUUUACAAUAUAUUCUUCGACAAUUGGAAAGAAGAUUCGUUCAGAUAUAAAGUACUUAUGGAAAAGCGUGGAGAUGGAAGCUAUGGAUUUGAUUAUGGCAUUAUCAGCUUGCUUGUCGAAAGCUUCAUUACAGAAUACCUUAUCAACGAGGUUUAUGACGUGCCUAUAUACCUCGGAUUACCUAUCAACACAGCCUAUACUGAACUCUCUGAGUGGGAACCCUUCAAGAACUGUGCUAACUGGUCCCGGAAGCUUCGGAAACAGCUCUGCUCUCUUGCAUCAAGACCAGAGAUUAGUGAGAAACUCAACGAAAAUAGAGCCCAAGUAACACGAAAUAUACUCAAGCCUUUAUCAGCAAUUUUUACCCGUAUAACUCCAGCAACUAUAACAAAAGUUACCGCUAUUGUCAACUUGGCUUCUCAAAUCAGUUUGGCCAUGCAUAGUCAAGACGUGCCUGUCAAAUGCAUAAAGCUAAAAGAGGGAAAGGACAAGAUAAAUAACACUAUGAGGUCUCUAUAUGGCUCAAUCGAAGGUGAGACUACAAUUCAAAUUGUCGUCUGUCCACCAUUUAUUGCAAAUGAAGGUCAAGAAACAGAGUCUGUUCUAUUGGAAGGAAAGGUUAUUUGUUUCGAGAGACCACAAAAAGGAAAGACACUAGCUGUUGCAGAUUAA